UAAUGGGUCAAGAUAAUAAUUUACGAGGUCGUGGACGUGGUAGACUUCGAGGUCGAGGUCGAGGUCGAGGAAGACUUGCUGGAGUUGUAACAAAUCAAAUAGUUGAUAUUGUGCCAAAAUAUCCAGUUCAUAAUCAAAGACGUACACUUGUUGAUCAUCUACCAAACACAACACCAAGAGCAACAUCAAAUCGUGGACAACAUCAUCAAACAACAUCAUCAUCUUCAUACAAAAGAAUUAAUUCAACUGUAUCAACUCGUUCAACACCUGCAAAUCGUCGUGCAACAACAACAGAUGAUUCAUCAGGUGGAAAUGAUCAAUUUGUUAUAAUAUCAAUAACUGGUGGUCGUGGUGAUGCAAGAGGUGAAAUUGGAAUGGCUGCAAUGGAUGCACAAUAUCCACACAUGGUACUUUGUCAAACAAGUGAUAAUAAUUCUUAUAUUAACACAUUAACAACAAUAAACAUGUUUCAACCAGUUGAAAUAUUAUUACCAGUAACAAUGGGAUCAAAAGAUCAAAAUCCAGAAAGUUUAUAUAAUGCCAUUAAAUCAAAAUUCAACAAUAUUCCAAUAACUGAAAUUGCUAGAAUGCAUUAUAAUGCAACAACUGGAUUUGAAAGAAUUAAAACUCAUUGUGCUGAUGAAUUUUCAUCAGUUAAACUUGUUAUUAAUAGUAAAUAUUAUGCAUUAGCUGCUGCAUCAGCAUUAUUUAAAUACAUUGAAUCAAUUCAACAUCUUGUUUAUGAGCCAAAAUCAUUGAGAAUAAAUUAUCAAAGUGCUGAAAAUGUUACAAUGAUUGACAUUGAAAGUGCUAAAAGUUUAGAGCUUGUUAAUUGUAAUGGUGCUAAUAAAAAAUAUAGUUUAUUUAGUUCACUUGAUCGUUGUUCAACACCAAUGGGUCGUCGUUUACUUCGUGCAUCAAUUUUACAACCAUCAUGUAAUAUCAAUGUAAUACAAACACGUCAAGCAUGUAUUGAAGAAUUAUUAUCAAAUCGUUCAUUGCAUUUAAUUUUACAACCAGUUAUACGUCGUUUAUCUGGUGGUAAUCGUCUUCUUGGUCUUGCUAUGAAAACAAGUCAAGCAGAUACAAUACAAUGUGCUGAAAGAAAUUUAAAUUAUAUAUUGUUGUUGAAAAAUACAAUUGACAUUAUACCAGAACUUCAGGGUGCAUUAAAAACAUCAAAAUCACCAUUUUUUAAACGUGUGCUGAGUACAAUUAGUGAUGAAAGAUUUAAUGAUAUGAAAAAUGAAAUUGAUAAAAUUAUACAACCAGAUGCUAAAGCAUUGAAAGGUUGUACAUCAGCAAAUAUGCAAAGAUGUUUUGCAAUAAAAGCUAAAAUAAAUGAUAUGCUUGAUAUUGCACGUCAAGCAUAUUGUGAAUUGAUUGAUGACAUGGUUAAAAUGGUUGAAAAAUAUAGUGAAAAUUAUAAACUAUCAUUAUCACUUGGUUUUACAAAUUCACUUGGUUAUCAUGUGCAAUUAGAAAUACCAAAAGGUAAAACAUUUGACUUGAAAAGUUUACCAGAUGAAUUUAUUCAUGCACAUAGAAAAAAUAAAAUAAUAUUCAUGACAACUGAAGAGCUUGUUAUUUAUGGUCAACAUUGUAAAGAUGCACGUGAUGAAAUACAUCUUAUGAGUAAUGCAAUACUUGAUGAACUGUUGGCUAAUUUGAGAAAACAUAUUGGUUGUUUGUUUCAAUUGAAUGAUGAUGUUGCUGAGGUUGAUCUUAUAAUGUCACUGGCAUCAAUAAGUUCAAUUGCUGAUUAUGUUCAGCCAACAUUUGGUGAAAGCUUAAAUGUUAAAAAUUCAAGACAUCCUGUUAUGGAUAUUCUAGGAUUUGAAUCACCAACACCAAAUGACAUUGUUGCAUCAAUUGCUUAUAAUUUCCAUACAAUAAGUGGACCAAAUAUGAGUGGAAAGUCUGUGUAUUUAAAGCAAGUUGUGUUGCUUCAUAUAAUGGCACAAAUUGGAUGUCGUGUACCAGCAACAAAAGCACAAUUUAGAAUAUCUGAUAGAAUUUUUUGUCGGCUAAGUGCAAGAGAUGAUUUUGAAUUUAAUGCAUCAACAUUUACCAUGGAGAUCAAGGAGGCUCAUUAUAUACUUCAAUCAUUGACGAAUAAAUCAGUCGUUGUUCUUGAUGAGCUGUGUCGAAGUACAACUGUCGAAGAAGGCUCAUCAAUUGCAUGGGAAAUAUCAAGGCUACUUUUAUUAUCACCAGCUUUUACAUUUAGUGCAACUCAUUUUACAUUUCUCUGGAAGUUGGCUGAUGUUUAUCCAAAUGUAACAAAUCAUCAUUUAGAAGCAAUACCAAGAGAUACAGAUAGACCUGAAGAAGCACGACUUGUUUAUACACAUAAAUUAAAAAAAGGUGUUGUUGUUAUUGAACAUUAUGGAAUGAUUCUUGCAAGAUCAACAUGUUUACCAAAAAAAAUACUUGAUGAUGCACAAAUGUAUAUUGAUAAAAUCAAAGAAACAAUGGAGAUUAAUAAAACAAUUAGAUACCAAAUUGAUUAUCGUGUUAAAAUGAAUUAUGAUGCAUUGGCAAGUGUUUAUGAAAAAAUAGAAGAAAAAAAUAUAAAAGAUGAUGAAUUAUUAACGUUAUUAAAUGGUAUUGAUCUUUUAACUUGUAAUGAUUCGGAGGAAACAGAUAUUAAUAAUUUAUCUGAUACAGAAAAUGAUGUGCCAAAUAAACAAAAAUCAAAUUUAACUUAUUGUGGUCAAACAAAAGAUGGUAAAUUAAUUGUUAAUGAUGAUGAGACAAGUUACUGUGACUGUGAUGAUAAUAUAUCUGUUAAAUCACAAAAUUAUUUAUCAUCAAACCGUGUGACUCUUCAAAAAUCACCAUCAAAAAGACCAUCAUCAGUUUCACGAGUACUUGAGCCAAGAGCAAAGGUUCCAAAGCUGUCACAACCUAAUUUGCCAUUGACACAACAAAAAAAACAAUCAACAAAACGUACUGGUGAUCCAAAUUAUCUUCCAUUUUAUCAACGUGAUAAUGUAACAUCAUCAAAUUCAUCAAUGACACCAAAAAGACCAGCAUUUAAUUUUAAAAAUAUAUUAACAGACAAAGAUUCACCUCUUUAUAUACCAACAUCAUCAAGAACACCACAAAAUAAAUUAUUUAUCAAGCCAAAAAAUACAACAGUACCAAGAUCAGUCAAAAGUACAUCAUCAAAAAAUCAAUUUACAAUACCAGAAUUUUGGCAAGAAUUUAGAAAAGAAAAUGAAUCAAUGAAAAAUAAAAUAUCACAUGAUGAUAAUGAUGAUGAUUAUGAAGAUAAUUUAAAGAGUAAAAAAACAGUAAUGACACCAGCAUUGGCAGCUGCAACUUUGGGCAUACCAAAAUUUCAAGUACCAUCACGAAAUAAUGAUGAAUUGCCUGAAGAAUACAGACACAUGAAGUAUUUAUUAAAAAAUAUUGAUUAUGAUCAAGCAAGUACAUCAAGAGACGAUUUUGUUAAAUCACGUGAUCAAUUAUUUACAUCUGAAAUUGUCAAACGAAGCGAAUUAAUACUGUCUGAAGUGACAAAGCCAAAAACACCAUUAACAACAAAAACUUUUGUUAAAAAUUCAACACCAGCUGGUCAAUCUUCGUUUGUUAAAAAAUCACCAGCAAGUCGUACUUCUGUUGGUAAAAAAUCAACAACUUCUCGUAGCAUUAAUUUACUGUCAGAAAUUCAAAAAGAAUUUAAACUUGAUAAACUUGUUACAAAUAAUAAUAUGAAAAAAAAACAAUCAAGUACGUCACAAGAAUCACCUGCAAUGUUGACAAAAUCAGAGCUUCAUGCAAUGACUGGUUAUAAUAUCAAUUCACCAAGCUGCAGCCAUGAUAGAAAAAAUGUUAAUUUAUUACCAGGGAUGACUGACUCUGAUGAGGAAUAUGAAAAAUUUGUUAUUUCUCAAACAUCAUCUAUGGAAAAUGAAAUGGCACAAAUAACUGCUCGUAAAAAAGAAGCAGCUGUUUUUCGGCUUAUUGAAGGAAGUCAGUUUAAUGAAGAAGACUUUUUAGCAAGUCAACCAAGUAUAGAUGAUACUGUUUUAGUUACAGACAGUGAUCGUAAUUAA